UUGUUACUAACUGAAGUUGGUAAAUAAAAUAAUAUAAAUAUUCUGCAAUAAUUGUAUUUCCUUUAAUUAUUAAGCAUAACCAGAGUCAGUUGAAAUAUGUCUGCAGAAGCACAGGAUGAAAAUAUUGAGUUCCAUGCCAAGGCUAGAUGGGCUAUCCCCCAGCGCCUGGACGCAAUGGCGUUCAUCGGGCCGGAUGUGCUGGCCGUAGCCCACGACCUCUACAUCCUGUUCCUGGACUUCAAGCAUCACACGGAAACGGUGUACGUCACUAACAACAAGACUGUCGGCGAUGGGGUGGAUGUCAUAGCAGGGCACCGAUCCACAAUGUUUGGGUUUGCAGAGAAGGUUCGGAAUCCAAGAAUCUUUAUAUUGAGUUUUCCUAGCAUGACAAUCAUGGCCGAAUUGGAAGAUCAGGAUGUGAAUCGCUACAAAGGCCUGUGCAUGAUGGAAGGUGACCUAGUGUGCGGGUUUAGCGGGUUCCCCAACUACUUGGUGACAGUGUGGAGCUGGCGCACGGCGCAGCGGCUGCUGUGUCUCGAGACUGGUGUUACCAGGCGCAGCCAGCUAUACGCAGCAAGCCGUAUGGGCCUGAUGGUAUGUGAGUGUUGGGGCGCCGGCCUUAUCGUCUGGGAGGUCGCCCAGUGCUACAAGCUCAACCUGAUGAUGAAGCGGCCCAAGGAGGAGGUUUCCGGCUGGGAGGUCUCGGAGCCUCCCCUCGUUGGCAUAUGCUGGUCCAACGACGGCCAACUGUAUGCUAUAGAUGAAAAUGCCCGACUGUAUAAUGUUCUAUCGGAUGGUAUAAAUAUGGUGACCAAUCUUGAAUGGUCAGAAGAUAACAUCGAAGUAAUUCACAAACCGUACAUUUGUUCUUUUGAAAACGGACUACUAAUCUCUGGUCCUGAUAACUUGGUUAGGUCUCUAAAGAAGUGCGAGUUGCAAUGGAAAGUGGUGUGGACGUACGAGCCGGCAGACACGGUGCUGCGCCUGGUGUCCAAUGCGGUGGGGAAUGCCGCCUGCUUCUGGACAGAAACUGGCAUGGUCUACAAGAUGACGGGCGAGUCGGAGGACAAGAUUGACGUGGAACUGGUCAAUUUUAAACAGAGGAGCAUCCAGAAAAUUCAAUUGAUAGCCCCAGACUUCAAUUACUUAGCUACAAUGAACCAUGUUGGAGUUCUUUGUGUCUAUGACGUCUAUUCGACUAAACUGAUGGUAAUGAAAUACGUCGAAGGCAACGACAUCUCUUUCCAAGCGAGCCCGGUGGAGCCUCUCAUUAUAAUCUUCGGCGAAGUGGGCCCCAACUACGGCAUGGUCAUGAUGACGUACGAUCCCGAUAAAGGGUUGACCAAAGUGGGCGGCAUGUGCCUCACGCACCAGAUCGUCUCGCAGGUCCAGUUCUCGCCCACCGGGAGGGAGGUGGUGGCCGUGGCUAUGUCCGCGGGGCAUGUAUUCCUAUUGGCGCUCUCAGAAGUGUACAAGCUGACCCUUAUCAGAUACAUGGAGGUCGGCCGAGGAAUAGCCGAUUGCUUCCUGAUGCCGGUCAACAACGUGAUGCGCUGCUUCAUCUUGGUCCUCUUCUCUGAUAAAUUCUUGAUUGGGGAGCGCAUAUUGGUGGUGAACACGGAGACAGGGAAAGAUAACAAGUUUGCGGGCAAGAUGCAGGGCCCGUACAUGCGGCUGCUGCCACUCAGCAUCAAAGACACUAUACUGGGCAUCCCGCACCUCUCACGGCAGUACCACGUGCUGAAACUCGCAUCGGAUAAAGGUGUAACAAUAUCAGUCAAGAUGGGUCCUAUUAUCGACACUGGGCACGAGGUGAAACAUUUCGACGGAUUUUUCACACCAAACGCAUUGCUCACCUUCGGCUACGAUGGGGCGAUCAUCUUGAGGCAGCCCGACGGACGACCUGAAUACGAUUUACAUUUUGCCGCAACCCACCGGUACGAAAGCGGCAUUAAGCAGGCGGUUAUCGACUCGGAGAAUAAGUACAUCGUCCACCUGGCGGCCAGCCGCACCAUGGUGGUACACUACCUCAGAGGGAAUCCAGAGGCGAUGCAGGAGCCCAAGCUGGAAGUGCCGGACCAGAAGCUUUUCGACAAGGCUUCGAAUGCUCUGUCGAUCAUUGCUUUGGGCGAGAAGAACUACCUAGACCGGCAAGAGGACAAGAAGGUCCACGAGGAGGCGAUGGACUACAAGAAGCAGCGCGACGAGGUGGUGGCCGCGUUCAACGCACAGCGCGCGCAGCUGGUAGAGCUGCUGGAGGAGAACAUCGCCGAGAGACCGCUGCAUCAGCUCUCGUUGGCGGAGUUUAAUCUCCAUGCAGAACACAAGAAGGAAAGAUUCAAACAGGCGGAACAAGAGCGUUUGAUGAUUCGCCUCUAUACAGAAGCGCGAAUCGCGGCUCAAGACAAGGUAACGUUGUGGAUCAAGAAAUAUUGCUGGGACACCAUGAUGACUCCACGGACUAAGAUCUUGGCCAUCUUCAGCCAUUACCAGGUGGAGAACUAUGCCGUGCUGCCGACGCAGCGGGACAACUGGCCGGAGCUGCAGCAGGUGGCGGCGCUGCGGGCGCUCGAGAUGGAGAACGACGAGGACCUGUUCAAGCCGUGGGAGGAGCGCAAGCCCGAGCUAUCCGCGAUCGAUCUCCUCCCGACCGUGCCGUCAGUGAUCAGGGAAAAAUCUACGUUGUCCGUGCGAAGUGCGCGAGGGUUGUCGGGAGGAACCGACAGCCAGUUCUUCGAGGACAUGGAGGCGGAGGAGGAGGCCGUGGACCAGUACUGCAUGUCGGGCACCGCCGCCCACAAGUUCGUCACCGUGCCCAGCUACAUGAUCCCGCAAACCAUGGCGUGCAGCUUCCUGCAGAUGAACUGGCUGCAGCAGAUCGUCAAGCUGAACGUGCAGAACAUGCGGUUGUGGUUCAACAAGCAGUUCGACGAGCUGAUGGCGGCCAAGAAGAGGGAGGUCGGCCUCGUCUGCGACCGCAACGCGAGACUCCGCUUCAUCAUCGACGAGCUGAACAAGUUGUCAGACCUGCGCGGCAGCUUCCACCACCUCGUGACCCAGAUCAAGGACCCGCAGUGGGCGCAGGACGAACAGCCGGAGCGGCUCAUCAAAGUCGACCCUGAGGAGUGUUCGAUAGAGCCAUACAUCAGCCCUAGCCAGAUCGUGAUCCCGCCGCCCGAGGGCGGGCCGAGGGACGACUUCCGCGAGCGAGCGCUCAUCGAGAUGAUGGACGGCGUGCUCGAGAAGCUGUGGCACGAGGAGAUCAAGAAGCCGAUCCCGAUGCCGCAGUGUAUGUUGGACAAAGAUCCUGAGCAUUUCAACGAAGAUGACUUACGCGCUGUGUUCGAAUACGAAGCCAAGGUGGCGUUCCGCAACGAGGAGCGAGACAAGUACCGCAAGAUGCUGCACGCCGAGUACGCCAAGCUCAGCCAAGUGCUCAACGAGGGCGUCGUCAAGUUCAACGCCAAGGUGAAAGAUACAUGGUUGAUGAAGCUCAAAGUAGAUUCGGUUAUCGGACAAGAGAACCUCAACCUGAUGCGACUCCGUCGGGCCAACCUGGACCGCGUGGAAAUGGCCGAGAAAAUAGAGGACUUUAGAGCGGAUAUAGCGAAGUACUCGGGGGAAGAAGAGUCGCUGAUGGAGCAGCUGCAGCAGAUCGCGGAGCAGGGCGCGGAGGUGCAGGCGGCCUACGACGCGCUGGCGCAGAGGGACAAGUACCUCGAGCGCACCUUCAAGAGCCACUUCGCGGACCUCUCGCCCAUCAUUGUCGAUCAAUGCUACAAGUUCUUCAAAAAACGGCCGAAAUGGCACAUGCGAGCAACCAUGACGCCGGCGGUGCUGCUCGGGCUGGCGGGCGGCGUGCUCGGCGGCGCGCGGCCCCAGCGGCUGCAUCCCGACUGCCUCGACUAUUUCAAAGGGGUCGAAGUGCUGGAUCAGAUAAGCAACAUGCCGCCAGUGAUGGACGAAGGGCUGUGGGCAACCAUGGUCAAGCUGCGGCGGGUCAAGAUUGAAAAUGAGAUACGGAUGCGAGCUAUAGGUCUGGAAAUGGCAUAUGUAGAAAAUUCCAACGCUAUAUGGACCAAGUCGACCCUUGCGCGCAAGAACUACCUGAUCAAAACCCGAAACCUCAUCAUCGAGCAACGCGAGGAAGCCGAGCACAUCGCCAGGAAUAGGGCUGUGCAAUUCGUGCUGCCCGCGGGGCAGGUGGAGAUCACCACGACGGGCCAUAUGGAGGACUACCACGACGCGACGCUCAUCCCACGCGAGGACAUCGAGAAAAUCAAUGAACUUAUCCUGAGAGUGGGCAAGUUGAAGCUACGCAUGAUGCGCAAACAGAUGGAGUUUAGGAAGGUGAUCCUCGCCAAGGAGUGGGAGCACGCGCAGAUGAAGAUGAAGCUGCGGCACAUGGAGCAGGAGCUCUACUCCUACCGCAGGCUCAAGAUUCCGAAAGAGCUCCAGCUGUACCUGAAGAACAAGGAGCAGGGCUACACGGACGAGCAGGACUACCUGCGGCUCGAGAAGGAGACGGAGGCGGAGAAGCAGGCCGUCAACCGGGUGCUCGAGGCGCAGAUACAGCGCGUCGAGGAACUGCAGGUAAAAAUCAACGCGAUCGAAGCGAAGUCCAACAAACUUGUGACCAGGAUCGCCACACUGAACGCGCUCGUCUCGGAGAAGCGGCUCAACGAGGACCCUCUAGAGCCCAUCCGUACGCGGCGCAUACACAAGAAGAGAAUGGAAACGCUGGUGCAGCGCAGUCAACUGAUCCGCGAGGUGCAGCAGUACCACUCCAACAUCGUGCUGUUGCAGACCGAGCUGGAGCUGCUCCGACUCAAGACCUACCCCACGCUGGCCAGCUUCCGCACCAUCGACUAAUGCCACCAGGAUGCUGGAUUGGAUCCGCAUGCUACAUAGCGAUACAUGUUGCGUAAAAUGUACAUAUAAACUUGGCCCUUAAACGUCUGGAAGAACGGCGGCUAAAGGCAUGACGAGGUCAUGCCAUCGUGCUGAAAUAGACCUCGAUCCAGUGAUAUGAUGGCUAUGUGCUGCAGUGCAAGUUUUGGAAUAUAGUCCAGGAAGAGCCUUGUAUAGUGCAGUACGUUUCCGAAGAGUACCUGCGUACGUUUACAGCAGCUUACGAAAUCAGAGCAUGCUUAAUAGAGUAAAAUCUAAUAUAAUAUCUGGGUACACAAAGAAUCAUAGCUCUUUUGAGUAUCAUGAUCAUUACAACAAGCUUUUUCAUGUAAAAAUAUUGAUAUACUUAAAGUUCAACUCGUUAUAAAGAUUUUUCUAAUAGUACUUAUAUAUGAUUUACUUUUCAUCCGUAAAAUGCAAUCAGAAUGUUGUUAUUGUUAAUAAAAGAAGAUAAUGCUGCUUGCUCUAACUCUUAUCUAAAUAGACUAGGUAUUAAGUAGGUAGGUAUACAUAAACAUAAUACAUAUACGAGUAAUAGCUGGUUUGUUAGUGAACGACACCUUGCACUUUGUGACUAUACGCUGAAACUUGGCACAGUUGAUUCUUAGCUGGUCUUGAGCAGAUACAGACCGGGAGCCGUCGAGAGCCACCUCUCAUUUAGUGAGGGGGAAGGGAAUCAUUCAAAACUACUGUUAAUAUAAUAUUUGGUCAGCCGAAAUUAAUAAACUUAUGGUAAGCAACUAUUUGUAAACCAUCAGUUUACCCGUGGCGGGCUGGCGCUGGCGAUGCUGGCGGGGUAUGUCGGCCGGAGUAUCAAACAAAAACAAACUGGUUAUAAAAUUGUAUUUCCUGUAAACAACCAUAACUAAGUAUACGAGUAAACAUUUACCAUUAUUUGAAUUCAUUACAUCAACUACCUACAUUAUAAAUGCAAAUAAACUCCACUAAAUUAAACUAAUAUAUAGGUACCUAAUUAAGACAUGAUAUGGACUACUUUAUGACAGUUCGUUUGCAAAAUCGUUAUUUAAAAGUAAAAAAAUCUAAAUCUUGAGCCAAAAUAAGUACAAUUUUUAUAUAGAAUAUUAAUGGGUAGGGUAAUUCGCCAGUAAUAUUCUAUGUCUUCGGCCGGCAACCCCUUUCGUCCCGGCCUCUGUAGUAAUGUACAGUCAACAACAGAGCUAUGAAUACUGCCUGUAUUCAAAAAUAUGUAUACAGUACUUUAUUGCCUGUACAUUAAGAUCGUGUAUACAUAUUUUUGGCACUUUGCCUGUAUUCAUAGCUCUGUUGUUGACUGUAC